AUGGAUUAAGAAUUCCGUAGUAAUGCUUUAUCAAUGCUGCCAGUGAUUGCUGCUGUCUGCUUUUGGCUCGGUCCAGCUGUCUUGGUGCAGGGAGCACCCUGCGAACAUGUCAGGAUCGCUAUGUGUAAGACAAUGCCCUGGAAUCUCACUCGGAUGCCCAACCAUCUUCAUCACAGCACCCAGGAGAAUGCUAUUCUCGCCUCGGAGCAGUAUCAGGAAUUGGUGGACACCAACUGCAGUCCAGUGCUGCGCUUCUUUCUGUGUGCAAUGUACGCACCUAUCUGUACCCUCGAGUUCCUUCAUGACCCCAUCAAGCCGUGUAAGUCAGUUUGCCAGAGGGCAAGAGACGGUUGUGAGCCGAUUAUGAGAAGGUACAACCACAGCUGGCCGGAGAGCCUGGCAUGCAACGACUUACCUGUCUACGACCGGGGAGUUUGUAUCGCUCCUGAGGCAAUUGUCACCGAUGUACAUGCAGAUGCAAAAUGGAUAGACUUCACCCGACAUAUGGUAGUACAGGAGCCUUCUAACUGCAGGAGCUGGAACUCAGAUCGUUGUAAAUGCAGAAAAAUUAAACCAACGCUUAAAACAUACUUGGAAAAGAAUUAUAACUAUGUUAUCCGAGCCAAAGUAAAAGACGUGAUCAGAAGUGGCUGUAAUGAAAUCACCACUGUGGUGGAGGUUAUAGAGAUACUUAAGUCUUUGGCACCCAUCCUCCAGGCUCACACAACCCUCCUUACCAACUCUUCAUGCUCAUGUCCUCAACUGCCACAUAACCAGGACUUGCUCAUUAUGUGCUAUGUAUUGCGCUCAAGAUUGAUGCUUUUCAAUGGAUGUUUAGCUGAAAAAUGGACAGAUCAAUGGGCUAAACGGUUCAAGCAAUGGGAACAAAGAUUAGGCCAGCAACAGCAGAUGCGUAUCAGGCAAGAAAGAAAUCAAAAUGCAGGACGUAGUGAGCGCAGUGGUGGUCCAAAGUCAAGAUCAAAGAACAAAAAUCAAGCUCUUGGCAAUCCAAGGAAGAUCAACAAAACUAAAGGCAAGAAGAAAGUAUGAAUUAAGAAGUUUCUGUAACUACAAUCAUCUCAUACUCUGGAAGUCAUAUCUUGGCUCAGUGCCAGGUAACAGACUGCAGACCAUUUCUACCCAUAUGCUAUCUGAUAAUUAUUGCACUAAUGCAUUUCAAAAUUACUGUGUAGCAUCAUCAUUGCUCAAAAACUUUAAAUUUUCAUAUGCAGGCACUGCUAACCAUAUUCAUUGGUCUGCGCUACAAAUGGUGGACAUCUUUGUAUGCCUUCAUCUUUCUAACUUGUCAUUUUUCAAUGCAAGACUAUAUGUGAUAUCAAUCUCUCCUGUGCAGCUAAUGCUCCUAAGUAUUUGGACAUCUGUGUACUGACAUUGUUUUGUUGUACUGUGUGUGUUGACAAAAUGCCCUCUGUAAGCUAAUCUCUACAUCUGAAUUAGGUCUUCACAUAUAGAGUGUCACUGCGAGGCAUGAUAUUUUGCAUGACUUAUUUAAAAUGUUAUUCUUAUCACAGGCCAGUUGAAUAUAUAAAACUGCAGAUUUUUAGAUUAAAUUCUCUCUUCAUUUUUUAACUAAUAGCUUUACAAAGUUCAUAUCAUUCAGACGAGUUUUUAUUUCUUCAGGAAGGCGCCUUAAUGAACAUCUAUUCGAUGUGUUUACUUCCUGUAAGUUGUAUAAAACUAUUAUAUCAUUUCAGAUAAUGUUUAAACUAAUUGUGACAUUUACAAAUAAAAGAAUUUUGUAAAAGUU